CGGUUGUGGGCUGAGCAGAAAAGAUCACGUAUGACGCUUUCUCCUCCUUCACCACAUAAUCGCCGUUCCUUUAAAUCAUAUUUUUAUGCAUAAGGUUGUGAUCGCCGGAUCUGGGAAUUUGAAGCUCCCACCGCUGCGCUGAGGUUGCUCUGUUUGCGUGUCUGAGUUGUAGCCAGGUUGAUUUAGAUAGACCUUUGAAGUUCCUUGUUCGUAUUGAUAGUUUAGUGGAUCCUUUUUAUCAUGUCAAACCACAAGAGUGGUGAAAUGACCGGACAACCGCUGCAUCCUAACCAAUCUGUUUGGAUGGCUCAUUGGACGAGUACAAAUACUAAGUCAGCAAGCCCAGCACAUCAACGGCUGCUUCAUUAUGAGCCCAAGGGAGAUGAUCAUAAGACUAUGAGUUGCCCUUUAUUAACUGGGCCAGUGGCAUCGACAGAUUGUUCUAAACAUGGUUUAGAUUUUAAAGAAUUUGGUAAGGUCAAAACAAAUUAUCAUAUGAACGAUAGCUUGACAACGGGUUCGAAAAAGUCGAGGAAUGAAAUAUUUAAUCCAUUUCCAAUGUUCAAUGUCUCCAAAGAUAGUAUGUUUGAUGCAAAAAGUGAUCAAACCCCCUUACGCCAUCAAAUACGUUUUAGGUUAAACAAUAGUCCUGAUUCUGGAUUCAUUAGUUCUCCAGGUAGAACUGAGAACAAAUUGUCUUCGUUGCCUGCAUGUGCUCCUCCUGAAAUUGGUACUUCAUCAAGAGAAUGUCUUUUUCAGUCUGAAGGCAUUACAAAGUACCUGGAGCAGCAGUUUAUACCUGUUAAGACUCUUGGAAAAGACAGCUCAGCUGCUUCAUCAUCUUCUCAUGAUGAUUUUACGCGGUCGGCUACUAAAAUUGUGCCUUAUGGAAUGAACAGAAGCGAGACUUCUGUGAAGUCAUUGUUGCAUAGGGAAGAAGAAAUUAAUCAGUCAAGCUCUGUCAUAGCAUCGAAAGAACGCUUCAAAAAUAAUGAUUAUAACGGGCAUUCUUCUCUUUUUGUUAAAGAGAAGCCAAUUCAUAAUGAAGCAACUCUGUUAGUGCGUGAUCUCUCGCCAAGCAAUAGCGAGGCAGCAGAUUUCCUUGGUGAACAACGGCAGAAUACGAAAAAUAAUUAUGGGCUUGGAUUGUUUCCAAGCAGAAGCAAUUCCCUAGAGAAGACUGAAUCAGAAAAUUUGUAUCAAUGGUACUCAGUACCAAAACUUCCAUGUUCUGUUCGUGAUGAGGAAACUAUGAGAAUAUGUACUGCUGAAGAUUCCACGGAAGAAUCAUCCAGAGGCCCUCCCUUUUUUUCUCAGACAACUCACCAUUUCUUGAUCACAAAAAAGACAGAUAUAAAUGUGUCUGAUGGAAGUCAAAUGUUUAAGGAAUCAAUGGUAUCUAGCAAAUGUAAAGGAAAAGUGGUUGGUGAACUACUCAGUUUAUCUCCGGAUUUGAGUUUUCAGGUUCCUCGAGGAGUGAAACUACAGGCUUUAGAUGGCUGCACACAAAUUGAACGAAAAGGGAUCACUGGAAGUGUUGAAACUUCCGCUGUUCAAAUAAGGAAUGAAUCAUCAGCUGAAACUGAUACUAUGGACAUGAAUCCUCUUCGAGAGAACGAUGUUUCUGGCAUGGCUUCAUCUUCAUCAAAUAAGGGUGUACUCCAAAAGUCACCAAAAGCUCAAGCUGCAACAGCUUCUGGUAGAGAAGAAAUUGGAGAUGGGGUACUGAAUAUGAACCAACAACCUCCAGCACUUGCAGGUGUUGUAAGCUUGUCAAAUGAUAGAGAGACAAGCACCUCUAGAACCCAGAGUUUGAAUGUGGACCAACUAUUUUCGCAUGCUGAACAGCAUACAAAUUCAAAAUUUUGUGCUUACCACGGUGAACUGGGGCCAGAGCCAAGCAGCAGAUGGGUUAAACGCCUCAAGUCGAGUGCUUCUGGUUCUUUUGAUUAUGGAACGAAGAGCUUGAAAAUGGAAGAAGCCUCUUCCCAAAGAAAAGUUCAUAACCUCUUUGGCAAAAUGUCGAAACGUAGUAUAACAGAUAGUGCAGACUUACAGAUGGGUAAACGUCAUGGGAAACAUCCAAUGUUAUUAGAUCAGACGAUACUGCCAUUAGGAAACUCUGGGUCCUCUUCAAAUGACUUACUGGGGAAAAGUGAUAUAACACUUUCACAUCCUUGGAUCCAGAGGUGGUGUCGUCAUCAAGCUACAUCUCCAAAAACUACUGCUGAAGCUCCAGUGAUGUGUGAACCACAACGUUCAAAGGCCACUGCUUUUGAGUAUCAAAAAAAGAAGUUUCCUAGCAUUGCUGCUAUGGCUCUGAUGGCAAAAACCAUGACUGGUUUUCAGCCAUGCGAAUUUAUCAAUAAGGGUCCUGUAGUAGUUUGGAAUAGUUAAGGAUCUUGAAAUCUCCCCGUGCAUAUGGUGGAUGAAACUUAGCCAAGUAGUCUGUCACAUCGGCCGGUUCUCAUCAGUUGACAGGAGGCAAAACUGCUUUGGUGAUUUUGUCACAUGGUGAUCAGAUUUCUGUAUAGUGUGAAUGUUGCUUUGGUGUAUUCUGGCCUGAAGUUGUAUCUCAAACCUUUAUCUUUUCCUUGAAAAAGUGUGUGUUCUGAAUAUGGCAUCUAUAGGAGGCUGUGUCGAAAAUGCCCCCAUUGGAUGACCACAGCAGCUCCCUCUUUAGUUGUUGGCAUUAGGUUUUUUAUUAAUUUAAGGGAAACAAAUAACGCAUGAACCAAAAAGAAUAUGACUAGCAAGUGAGGAACAUGGGGGCUUUUGAUUUUUCUUUGGGAAUACUUGAUUGAAGAAUAGAGCCCUAGGCUUGUGCAGUUCCAUCUGGUAUGAUUGGUCAAAAGUUCAAGUCAUAAGUGCUUGAUGUG